GGGGGAAGCCGCCACCGUGCCGCCUCUGCCUCGGCGUGGAACAAACGGUUAAAGAUUUUGGGCAGCGCCUCGCGGGGGGAGGAGCCAGGGGCCCAAUCCGCAAUUAAAGAUGAACUUCGGGUGAACUAAUUUGUCUGACCAAGCUAACGCGGGCAGUAACCUGGGCCGCCUAUAAAGCGGGCGCGCGGCGCGGUUCGGAGCGCUGGCGGCGGCGGCAGGUGGCGCGGGAGGCCGCGGCGCGCCAUGGGGCUCCCGGCGCUGCUGGCCAGUGCGCUCUGCACCUUCGUGCUACCGCUGCUGCUCUUCCUGGCCGCGAUCAAGCUCUGGGACCUGUACUGCGUGAGCAGCCGCGACCGCAGCUGCGCCCUCCCUUUGCCCCCCGGAACUAUGGGCUUCCCCUUCUUCGGGGAGACACUGCAGAUGGUGCUGCAGCGAAGGAAGUUCCUGCAGAUGAAGCGCAGGAAAUACGGCUUCAUCUACAAGACGCAUCUGUUCGGACGGCCCACGGUGCGGGUGAUGGGCGCCGACAACGUGCGGCGCAUCCUGCUCGGGGAGCACCGGUUGGUGUCGGUGCACUGGCCCGCGUCGGUGCGCACCAUCCUGGGCUCCGGCUGCCUCUCCAACCUGCACGACUCCUCGCACAAGCAGCGCAAGAAGGUGAUUAUGCGGGCCUUCAGCCGCGAGGCGCUCCAGUGCUACGUGCCGGUGAUCGCCGAGGAAGUGGGCACUUGCCUGGAACAGUGGCUGAGCGGCGGCGAGCGCGGCCUCCUGGUCUACCCCCAGGUGAAGCGCCUCAUGUUCCGCAUCGCCAUGCGCAUCCUGCUGGGCUGUGAACCCCGGCUGGCUAGCGGCGGCGACGCGGAGCAGCAGCUGGUGGAGGCCUUCGAGGAAAUGACCCGCAAUCUCUUCUCGCUGCCCAUCGACGUGCCCUUCAGCGGGCUGUACCGGGGCAUGAAGGCGCGGAACCUCAUCCACGCACGCAUAGAGGAGAACAUUCGCGCCAAGAUCUGCGGGCUGCGGACGGCCGGCGCGGGCGGCGGCUGCAAAGAUGCGCUGCAGCUGUUGAUUGAGCACUCGUGGGAGAGGGGGGAGAGGCUGGACAUGCAGGCACUAAAGCAAUCUUCAACUGAACUCCUCUUUGGGGGACAUGAAACCACAGCUAGUGCAGCCACAUCUCUGAUUACUUACCUUGGGCUCUACCCCCAUGUUCUCCAGAAAGUUCGAGAGGAGCUCAAGAGUAAGGGUUUACUUUGCAAGAGCAAUCAAGACAACAAGUUGGACAUGGAAAUUUUGGAACAGCUUAAAUACAUCGGGUGUGUUAUUAAAGAGACCCUUCGACUGAAUCCCCCAGUUCCAGGAGGGUUUCGGGUUGCUCUUAAGACUUUUGAAUUAAAUGGUUACCAGAUUCCCAAGGGCUGGAAUGUUAUCUACAGUAUCUGUGAUACUCACGACGUGGCAGACAUCUUCACCAACAAGGAUGAAUUUAAUCCUGACCGAUUCCUGCUGCCUCACCCGGAGGAUGCGUCCAGGUUCAGCUUCAUCCCAUUUGGAGGAGGGCUGAGGAGCUGUGUAGGGAAGGAGUUUGCAAAAAUUCUGCUCAAAAUAUUUACAGUGGAGCUGGCCAGGCAUUGUGAAUGGCAGCUUCUAAAUGGACCUCCUACAAUGAAAACCAGUCCCACCGUGUACCCCGUGGAUGGUCUCCCUGCGAAGUUCACCCGUUUCCAGGGGGAGAUCUGAGGGGCGCAAGGGCCCGGAACUCAGACCUGUUUGAAGCAUACAUGAGGUUUUACACAGUGUCAUGUUGAUUCUAUUAUAUUUAAUUUCUAAAUGUAUAUUAUAAUAUUUAUGUGUCUCUACUACAGUACCACAGUCUUUAAAUAUUAAAAUAAUGAACUUGGAUAGUUUCCAAAUAAAGAAAAAUCUGAAGGUG